UAAGAAUGGUGCAACGAUAACACCAGUUGAUGUUAAGAAUCAUGAACUGAAGACUAAUUCUACUGUCAAAGAAGGCGGRGACAUCAAGCUUAGUUGCAGAGUGUGCAGCAAUGGUACUGCAKUUUGGAAAAAAGAAGAGGAAGAAAUCAAGUCAUCAUCCAGUCGAAUACAGAUACAGGGCUCAGAACUCGUAAUUAAGAACGCAACGAUCUCUGAUGCAGGGAUUUACAAAUGUAUCAAGAGGGAAUCUCGAUGCAAUGGUACCAAUACAAUCAACUUAUGGGUUUUAGUAACCAUCAAAGUGAAAAUGAGUCUGCGCGUUUUGAACUGGAAUUUCACCAAAAACAUGACAAACAAGUCAUCUAAGGAAUUCAAGGACUUCGAGACAAAUUUCCAGGCACAGAUGGAUAUAGUCUACAAAAACUUCACAGGAUACCAAGGAGUCGAAAUAUUGGAGCUACUUAAAGGCAGUGUAAGGGUGCGAUACCGGGUUAUUAUCCGUCUUACGAUCAAAGAUGAAAAUCAGCGAACAGUCGGUACUAGAGUCAAAGUGACAACUGAGGUCAUCAAAAGAGCGAAGACGGGUUUUGUGGCGAACUUACAAGUGGACUCAAGUCCCGAGUCAAUGGAAAUCGACUCUCCCCCUCCUGCUCCAGAAAACUUGAGAGCCGCAACCAUAUAUGAAGAUGGAGUAUCAUUUAUCUGGGAUAGGCCACAAAACYACGAAUAUUUUGCUGUCAAGAAUUAUUUCAUCCAGUGCUGGGCUCAUGGGGAGGAGUCAAGCCCGAAAACAAAAACUGUCAGUCAUGGCGACAUUACUGCUGAAUUCAGAGGGUUGGAAUCAGAUAAACCAUACAGAGCUAAAGUUUUGGCAGUCAACAGCAAUGGAAAUAGUGAAGGAAGAGACCCUAUUGAUUUCAGAACUAAAAAAAGAACACUCAAAGACUGGGAAAUCGCCCUCAUCGUGUUAUGUAGUGUCAUAUUCAUCAUCAUCAUUGUAGCUUUGGUUAUUAUUUGUUACCGACGAAUUAGACAAGAAAACCGGCGAAGACAACACGAGGAAAUGUUCCCAAUGAUCAUACACAAACAUAAGCUAUGAUUCUCACCAAUCGAAAUCAUUUCCAAAAGAAGAUUUGGUACUUUCUAAUAAGCUUGGAGAAGGUGAAUUUGGAGCUGUUUACAAGGGUCAACUGCUAGACGGUGGAACACCAAGGGAAUGCGCUGUCAAGACUUUACGAGAACGAAGAAGCGUUUCGUGAUCUAUUCAAAGAACUGAAGUUAAUGGCUGAUAUAGGACACCACCCAAACCUUGUAAACCUCAUUGGUGCUGUAAGUGAAGAGGGUAUUUUGUACGUCAUUGUGGAAUACGCUGAAAAUGGUUCAUUGAAAGAAUUCCUUGAAAAGAAUAAUGAAAGACCACUUGACUAUAACACUAGAUUGAGCAUUGCACUGGGUGUGGCAAAAGGAAUGGCUUUUCUGGAAAAGAAAAGGUGUGUUCAUCGCGAUCUUGCUGCCAGAAAUGUUCUCUUGGAUGGGAAACUCGAGGCUAAAGUAGCAGACUUUGGAUUGUCACGUGAUAUAUAUGAAAGUGGAGCUUAUGAAAUGACAACGACGGGGAAAAUGCCUACCAGAUGGAUGGCUCUGGAAUCACUUGAGAUGAGACGGUUUAAUUCUAAAACCGAUGUAUGGUCAUUUGGAAUUCUUCUUUGGGAAAUCGAAUCCAAAGGUCGACAUCCCUAUGGAGCAAUUAAUUUCAAAGAACUGCUCGACUUUAUAAAGAGUGGUCGUCGAUUGGAGAAGCCAACCAUCACACCUGAUGAGUUGUAUCGUUUCAUGAUGAAGUGCUGGUCAGCAGACCCCAAUAGCCGUCCUUCCUUUUCUGACAUAUGCGAUACAUUGGCGAUGAUGCUUGAUCACUAUUCACAGGAUAGCCAUACAGUUUGUCAUGCAUAUGAAAACUUUGCGACGAAUUUUAAAGUAYGCAACAAUAAUGAAGAUCACCAACCAGAUGCCGGGUCUCUGUACUUAAAUAGCACCGAUGCUUGAACUGAAUACGGAGUUGUAUAAUGCACAAAACAAUCAGGCAUUUGCAUAAUCUAUGCAAAGUGUAUAAAGCUGUUAGGCUUAAAGCUAAAGCUGUCAGGGCUGUUAAAAAAUGACUAUACCUCGGCGAAAUACACCUAUUUCAAAAAUCGUUGUCGAGAGAACGGCGAACGACGAGCGUCGAAAGCAGAUUGCACGACGUAAGGGGAACUCAGGUUACACUGUUUUAACAAACAAUUUUUUUCUUAUUUGAUUCACCUUGCAUAGAAAUGGGUACUGAAUGGAGCCAAUGUUUACUACAGAUUAUCUUACAGUUCAAAUCAAAUGUUAUUUCUCGCCAAUUACCAAUACCCAUGGCUACUUUCGGUCGUUCAAUCGCCGUUCGACAAUUGACGUUCGCUAUUUUAUCCGACAACUUUUUUGAAAAUGCAAAGUCAAAGUCAAAGGAUUAUUUCUACCUUUUGUGGUAAUUAAUGUAUUUUUCACACUAACAUCAUAUUUGUAGAUUACAUACGCCGUCGGAUCAAGCACUUCUUUAAAGGGGGUGCUUUUGUCAGUAAUAUAUGGAUAAAAACUAUAGCAGAUGGAACUGAUCAUUUUUGUUAGCUGCAGAAAAUAAAAAAAAAAAAAAAAAAAAAAUUAAGCACAAUUUAAGCGGAA